AGAAACCAAGAACGCCCCAACUCCUUUCAAUGCGAGAAUUACUCAUCUGAGUCUAAACAAACAAAAUCCCUUGAUGGGUUUUGUGAUUCUUGAGGCAGUUGCAUCAGAAACCUUCUAUAAAAUAAUCAUUUUUUUAAUUUGAAUUAACAACCAUUAAAAAAAACCCAAUAAAAAACAAUAAAAAUACGGCAUCUCAAGCAUCUCAACUUCUUUAAAUUUCAACACCACCCAUCUGAGAUUUCCACAGAAACCAAACAGAGAAUCCUUGGUGGGUUUCUCUUCUUGAAGCAUUUCAACAAGCAAAAUCAAUAUCCCAUCUAAAAUUUUCAAAGAAUACCAACAGAUAUCCUUUCUGAGUUUUGCUUCUUGAAGCAUUUCAAUCAGCAAAAUCAAUAGAGAGAGAGAGAGAGAGAGAGAGAGAGAGAGUAAUCUCCAUUCAAAGAAACCAUGGAUCAAAAGAAGCCGAACAAGAUCAGUGAUAUUGUUAGGCUUCAACAGAUCCUCAAGAAAUGGAAGAAACUCGCAAAUGCUCCAAAACCAACCACAACCAGUAGCAGCAAGAGUAUGAAAUUCCUCAAAAGGACGCUAUCCUUCUCGGACAGCUCUGUUUCAUCUCUGUCCAGCAGCACUGGUGAUGGAGCCGUCCCGAAAGGAUUCCUUGCCGUCUCUGUCGGGGAAGAAAUGAAGAGAUUCGUCAUCCCAACAGAGUAUCUAACCCACAGAGCUUUCGGCAUUCUGCUGAGGGAAGCUGAAGAGGAGUUUGGAUUCCAGCAGGAAGGAGUUCUGAGGAUUCCAUGUGAGGUACCCGUCUUUGAAAGGAUUCUGAAGGUAGUUGAGGAGAAGAGGGAGGUUUUCUUCAUGCAGGAGAUUGGAUUCAAUGGAGAGAAGGAGAUGGUGGGGUGCUGCUCAUCAAGGGCUGAGAUCUCCACAUCUCAUCACCCUCCAAAGCCUAUGUGUAGAUGAUAAGUUACCGUUACUCUCGUUACUCUCUUUGUAUUUUCAUUUUUGGGCUUUUCAUGUGAAGAAGGAGAAGCUUAUGAGAGAAUUUGAAUAAGGUAAGGUAGAGAGAGAUUUCACGUAGGUA